AUGAUUAAAUCUCAAAUUAACAAAGCAGUCAAUCUAUAAUAAUCUAUCUUAGAUGACAGUCCAGAAUUUUGGAUACAAAGACCUUAAAUAUUAAUUCAAUUCCAGUUAUCAGAUGAACUCUCUGUUGUUAAUAGGAAUAGAUUAAUCUAAAAAACAAUAUAUUUUGGAAGUUAUUAUCUAAAAUAUGGAGAUGAUGUAUGAAUAAUUUUUAUUAUUAAACAGAAAUUCCUUGAUGUUAGGAAUCUAUUUCUUGAAAUUGUUUAUCAUCCAAGAACUUCUCAGCCAGGAUUUAGAUUAAGUAAAAAUGGCGAAAAACUGGAUGCAUAUGGAGAUAUCUAAAAUUGGGUUGAAGUCUUAAGAAAGUAUACAAUCUAAACAAAUUUGUAACAAAAAUACAAAAUAAUCAAAAAAAUUGGGGAAGGAAGCUAAUUUCAAGUAUAAAUUACUUUAUUUUUCUAAAAAGGUUUUCAAAAUUAGAAACAAACUAACAGGGUAAUAAAAUGCUGUUAAGAUAUAUGAUAAAUUGAAACUACUGAAUUCUCCUUAUUUACUUGACCUUGUUAAAAAACAAAUUAAAAUGAAAAGGCAAUUUGAUCAUAAAAAUUUAAUUCGCCUAUUAGAAAUAUUUGAAAGUGCCAAUCAUUUAUAUGUAGUCGAAGAAUUAGUUGAAGGAGGUACUUUAGAAAGUAAACUUUCAUCAACAACCUUUAAUCAACAAUAAAUCAUACUGAUCAUUAAACAAACUUUAAAUGGAUUAUAAGAAAUGCAUAAGAGAGGAUUCAUACAUGGUGAUGUCAACCUUAAAGCAAUAGGAUUCAAAAGUGAAUAAGAUAUGGAUUCCUUAUGUUUAUUACAUUAUUCUAAAGUGAUUUCAAUUAAUGCAGCAAGAAACUCUACUAAAAAAAUGUUAAGUCAAAGGCCAUCCUUAAAGAAUGAUAAAGCUCAUACAUCUGAUUUAUAAUAAUUGGGUAUUAUUUUAAUAAGAUUACUUACUGGCUAUCAGUUUAAUCAAUUUAAUUUACCUAGUUAAAUGGAUGAUAUAAAAAGCAUAUUAAAUUUCUAAUAAACAAGCAAGGAAUUAGAAGUUUUACUUUAACAAUUAUUAUUAAUUGAUUAUGAAUUGUAAUUAAGUGAUACAAAUACUCCACUUGAAGUGUUAAAAAAUGAUAUAUUUAAGAAAUCAAUAGAACCAUAAAAUUUCAUUCUUAAAUAUCAAACAUUAAAUGAUAAAAGAAGGUCAAGUGAAUAAAGUAAUAGUGAUGAUGAAUCAAUGGAAAUUCGUUCUAGAGUUAACACAUUACCUAAUAUUUAAGAUAGAAAAAGCGAAUCUAGAAGUUAGUCAAAUAGAGUUAAGAAUAUGUUAUCCCCACUAAAAAUAUCUAAAUUUAAUAAAUUUGAUUCUGGUUUAAAGCCACCUUCACAAAACUCAUAAAGAAGAUCAAGUAAUUUAUAUCAACUGCCAAGAAUGAAUCUUAUGCCUAAGAUAAAGUAAAAAGUUUGA